GAGUGCGCGGAUUCUUUAGCCUUUCCCGGCUCUUGGGCGGCCACGCAACGCCUGUGCAGAGCCCCGCAGCAAAGUAUCGCGUGGCCAUCAUCGGCGGCGGCUCGGCAGGUGUCUCUGUGGCCUCGCAGCUCAUGAAGAAGUUGCCAAAGAGCCUCCACUCCGAGAUCGCCAUUAUCGAGCCUUCGGACAAGCACUUCUAUCAGCCGUACUGGACGAUGGUCGGAGGAUUGCGCUUGGACAAAGAGAAGUCGGUGCUUCCCAUGAGCAAGGUCAUUCCCACGGGCGUCUCCUGGGUAAAGGAGGGCUGCGCGACCUUCGAGCCGGACAACAACAGUAUCUCCUUGAAAGGUGGUGGCAAACUCGAGUACGACGUCUUGGUCGUGACGGCCGGGCUGCAGCAAAAUUUUGGUCUCGUGCCGGGUUUGAUGGACACACUCGGAAAGAAUGGCGUGUCCUCGAUCUAUUCCUACGAGUUCUCCUCGAAGGUCUGGGAGAACAUCGAAGCAACGAAGCAGGGCAAGGCCAUCUUCACCAACCCGGGCACUGCUGUCAACUGCGGUGGAGCGCCGCAAAAGAUUGCCUACCUGGCAGACUGUGCCUGGCGUCAGAAGGGUGUGCGCGAGAAGAUCGAGAUCGACUUCUGCACCGCGACGCCGGGGAUCUUCGCCUGCCCGACCUACCGCACAGCCCUGGAGAAGAUCAUGGCAGAGAAGAGCAUCACCCCGCACGUGAAGACCAACCUUGUCGAAGUGGACGGGCCGGGCAAGGUGGCCAUCUUCGAGAAAGAGAGUGGCGAGCGGGUGAAGAAGGAGUUCGAAUUUCUGCAUGUGACCCCACCCAUGAGCGCGCCGGACUUCAUCAAGAACAGCCCGCUGGCCAACGGCAUCGGCUUCGUUGAUGUUGACAAG